AUGACGGACGGCAUGCUGCUCAGGGAGUUCCUCACCGAGCCCGACCUGGCCAGCUACAGUGUGAUCAUCAUAGACGAGGCCCACGAGCGCACGCUGCACACGGACAUCCUGUUCGGGCUGAUCAAAGACAUCGCCCGGUUCCGCGCGGACCUGAAGGUCCUGGUGGCGAGCGCCACGCUGGACACCGAGCGUUUCUCCUGCUUCUUCGACGAGGCGCCAGUCUUCCGGAUCCCCGGGCGCCGCUUCCCCGUCGACAUCUUCUACACCAAGAUCCACGUCACCCAGCCCCCCGGGGACAUCCUGGUCUUCCUCACCGGACAGGAGGAGAUCGAGGCGUGCUGCGAGCUGCUGCAGGAGCGAUGCCGGCGUCUGGGAUCCAAAAUCGCCGAGCUGCUGGUGGUGGUGGCCACCAACAUCGCAGAGACCUCGCUGACCAUCGACGGCAUCAUUUACGCCUCAGCCAAUCAGAGGGCGGGCCGCGCGGGCAGGGUGGCUGCUGGGAAAUGCUUCCGGCUCUACACGGCGUGGGCCUUCAAACACGAAAUGGAGGAAACCACUGUCCCCGAAAUCCAGAGGACCAACCUGGGGAACGUGGUGCUGCUACUGAAGAGCCUGGGAAUCAACGACCUGAUCCACUUCGACUUCAUGGACCCGCCCCCCCACGAGACCCUGGUUCUGGCCCUGGAGCAGCUCUACGCUCUGGGGGCGCUCAACCACCUGGGGGAGCUCACCAAGGAAUAA